GAGUCGCAGAUAUUUAUACGCAGAAGGGAACAGUCACCCGUCCAAUCGUUAAACUGGUUUUGCUUCCCACUGAGUGAUCUAUAUAUACAUAUUUGUUUUUGUUUAUCUUACGAUUUUAAUACUUAUGUACAGCAUGCCAAGAAUAAUUCAAAACCGUUCCAUCACCCCAGAAGAUCCAAUGAAACCAAAAAAAAUCUACCGAUGCCACGUGUGUAAAAGAGUUCAUCCCUUACGUAGUUGCAGCAGAUUUCUCAAUAUGGAUGUCCAUCAGCGGAGGAAAGUCGUCCACCGUUUCAAAUAUUGCCUUAAUUGUCUGGCUCAUAAACACUCACGAGGUAAAUGCUUAAGCCGCUCUGGAUGUCAUAUAUGCAAGCGCCAACACCAUACUCUUUUACACCACCGCGGUUCCCAACAGUACAGUCGCUCCGAACAUGCUUCAACAUCUCAUCCAACGCACGCUAUGCUACCACAUCAAAGAAUUACUGUACUACCCACGGCUAUCAUUAAAAUUGCAUGGAAAAACCGCUUAUAUCCAGUAAGGGCACUUAUCGAUACGGGUUCUGCUGUAAGCCGUAUUGCAAAAGCCAUUGUGACAAAACACCACUUACUGACCAGCCGCAUGGGAGAGUCGGAAAUGUGCCAAAUUGUUUUUCGGGCUCAUUCUGGAAACACCACCAAGAUUUCAAUGUGCGCUCGUGUUGAUAACCGAAUCUCCAUGGUAACACCCAUCUCAACGUUGUCAAUGGCAUUCAAAGAAAAAUUUCUUAACUUGGUACUGGCAGACCCCGACUUUCUUGAAAGUAACCCGAUUUCAAUAGUCCUCGGGGCGGACAUCUACCCUAAGCUCAUACUCAGCGGUGUCAUACCCACCGGCGAGGGAUCUUUAAUGGCGCAAAACUCAACACUCGGAUGGCUAGUAUCUGGCACUUGUGCAGCAUAAAGUAAACAUUAGCAAAGAAAUACCCAGCAAACAACUUUAUAAUCAUUAUGUAUUAAUCUGUUCGAAUACCGCAAAAAUCCGAAUUAUGAAUUAUGAUUUUUUAUGCAAGUUCGAUGAAUUAAUUUCUUAUUUGAUGGUACCCAUCAAGGGGCCCGGAAUGUUAACGUAGAAGAAGCCUAUACGAUUUUAUAACUAUAACCCUCAUUAGAUUGAAAUGCAGAGGGCGUUCAAAUGUAUCGUUAAGUGCCAUAUUUACACUAUCACCUAUCUUAGCCUUUAAGAAUAUUAUAAAUAAAAUGUUCACUUUGGAUUCAACCUCGAACA